GACAGGGUGAGGUGAGUACCUACAUUAGGAAUCCUUGAAGCUCUCCUAUUUCUAGCCAGGCAACGAGAGGGUGGUUUCUGGGACCCUCGCUCACGGGUACAAAUCUCGCCCUUGUAGUGCCCCUCCGCUUCCUCCAAUAUAACCCUUCCCUAGCCCGUGUGCACGGGGCCGUCGUCCCCCACGAAACCAUGGCGGCAGCUCCAUUCACGUCGCUCCUCCAGGGGGAUCAGUUUCUCGCCGACACACCAAUCCCGGGAACAGCUGUUCUCCCUGACAGCGCGAACCUAUUCCCCAAAUGGCCCGAGAAGCUGAGCCCAACCGCCGUUGAAACAUGGCUGUUUGAUGCCAUGGCAGAAGAUGGCAGCGCCGCCUUCACCGUCUCCUUCUUCCGCGACGGCUCACAAGCCCCGGCCAGCUUCAGGGCCGCCAUCAAUGCCGCCUGGGCCGAUGGCACCGUGUGGUCCCAGCACCUGGUGGUGCCAGUGUCAGUAGUCACCUCAGAAGGCCCCGAUGUUGCCCAUGGCCGCAUAACCGGCGCCUGGCGCACGGAAGAGUCUCAGGACGACAAUUGCCGCACCUCCGCCACCUUCGACGUCGCGACCGACCUGUCGACCACCACCGUGACCUUCGACGCCCCCGGCAGGAUCACCGGAAACCUGACACAACGGUCGUUGGGGUAUGCCACCCUGCCCAAAACGGACCGGGAGGCCGAGGUCGCCCCGGGAGCGUACUGGAUGCGCCCCAUCGCCAUGGCCGAUGCCACGGUUGACCUGACCUUCCACAUCGACGACCCCACAAACCCGGACAAGAAAACAGAAAAGCGGAUGCUCCUCGGCCCGAAACAGCGGGCGUUCGGCGGCAUGGACCGGUCAUGGCUGCCGAUGGUGUGGGGCAAGGAGGCAACCGACGCGCUGUUCGUGCGGGCCAAGGCCGGGCCGUACGUGAUGGCGAUGAUGCGGCUCGUGAGCAAGGCGCACAAGUACUACCAGACGACGGUGAACGCGGCGCUGUACCGCGACGGCAAGCUGGUGUCCUACGCCCUGCGGUCCCUGCCGCCCGACCGCCGCGACGCGGUCGCUACCGCCGACGCUGUGCGGACGGAGAAGCUGCACGAGGGUGCCGGUCUGCCCGCCAAGUUCCGGGAUAAGAAUGUCGGAUACCGGCUUGACUUUCGUUCUGCGGGGCCUGAGAGGGAGAGAUGGUGGUUUGAUCUCCGCCACCACCAGGCUUGGUGGGCGAAGCCUACUAGUAGGCCGGGCCCUGACGGGACGGGGAAUUCGGGGUUUGUUGUCGAGGUCACCGGUGGGUUGGUUGGCUCCAACGAGUCUGUCCACGGUUGGGGCAUGAGCGGGGAGGUUGAGCUGCCUGACUAA